GUAAUCGACGAGGUGCCCGAAAGAGUCACAAUUUCGGAAAGUGGGCAAGUAUCUGAUUGAAGUCCCCAAUCGCACAGUCGGUCUUCUCAGCACCCUUUUACGCCCCUUAGAUCCGUGCCUCGGGGUUCACGACUCGCAAUCAUGGCGACCGAUAUGACGAGCCCCAUCCUGGACGCCCUGUCCGCGUCCGACGCCUCCAUCCUCUCCAGCGAAGCCUUCCCCUCCACCCCCUCACUAAACGUCAAGGCCGCCCUCGACCGUCUAGCCUCCCGACAGAUGGUCGAGUAUGAGACCUUCGACAAAGAGGUUGCUGUAUUGACCCCCGAAGGUGAAGAAAUCGCCACGAAUGGCAGUCACGAAGCCAAAGUGUUCCAAGCCGUGUUGGCUGCCAUGGACGGAUUGAAGAUCGCCGAGUUGCCCGGAGUCGUUGGAAAGGACAACGCCAAGAUCGGUCAGGGCAAUGCUUUCAAGAAGGGCUGGAUUAAGAAGGACAAGGAUCUUCUGCGGGCGACGACCGACACCAUCGUGGACGAGACCCGCGAGUUGUUGCUGACGGUCAAGAACACCCAGACUCUGAACGACCAGAAGGCCCUUACAGAUCUGAAGCGGCGCAAGCUGGUCGCCCUGCAGAAGGUCAUUUCCUUCAAGAUCUCCAAGGGUCCCAAGUUCGCACGCGAAUUCGUCAAGGAGGAGACCGACCUGACCGCGGAGAUGCUCAUGAACGGCUCCUGGAAGACGGCCCAGCUGAAGCCCUACAACUUCAAGGCCAAGGGUGCCCCCACGCCCGCUGGUGCUUUCCACCCCCUGAACAAGGUGCGCCAGGAAUUCCGCAACAUCUUCUUCGAAAUGGGUUUCGAGGAGAUGCCUACCAACCGUUUCGUCGAGACGGGCUUCUGGAACUUCGACGCCCUCUUCGUCCCUCAGCAACACCCCGCCCGUGACCUUCAAGAUACCUUCUACAUCGCCGACCCGGUCAAGGCCGACCCGCCCCGCGAGGACCCAGAGAACGACCCUCACCGUCCCAAGUCCAUCCAGCCGGCCUCGAACGCCGCCCAGGAGAAGCCCCUCGACUACAAGCAGUACUGGGAGGACGUCCGCCAGGUGCACGAGAAUGGCAAGUACGGAUCCAUUGGCUACCGCUACCCCUGGGAUGCCGACGAGGCGCUGCGGCUGGUUCUCCGCACACACACCACCUCGGUUUCGACAUAUGUUCUGCACAAGCUGGCGGCCAACCCCCGUCCGGCGAGAUAUUUCAGUAUCGACCGAGUGUUCCGUAACGAGGCGGUCGACGCCACCCACUUGGCCGAGUUCCACCAGAUCGAGGGUGUCAUUGCCGACUUUGGUCUCACCCUUGGUGGUCUGAUUGGCUUCAUGGAGGUCUUCUUCGCCAAGAUGGGCAUCCACCAGCUCCGCUUCAAGCCGGCCUACAACCCCUACACCGAGCCCAGUAUGGAGAUCUUCGGUUACCACGCUGGCCUUGGUAAGUGGGUGGAGAUCGGAAACAGUGGUAUGUUCCGUCCGGAGAUGUUAGAACCCAUGGGUAUCCCAAAGGGCAUGCAGGUCUACGGAUGGGGAUUGAGUCUGGAGAGACCUACCAUGAUCAAAUACGGCGUUAGCAACAUCCGAGAACUCCUGGGUCACAAGGUCGAUCUCGGCUUCAUCGAGUCCAACCCUGCCGUCAGACUUGAGAAGGACUAGAUUUAGAAGGCAACGAAAUGACUAGAGAAAAAAUGGGCAGAACUUCUUACUUAUUUUCAUGCUGAAACCACCGCCAUUGAUAUCAUGACUCCCACAUAGAUCUACGUGAUAUAAACCACACAAAACAGGAACCCCGAAAAGAGGAAAAAAAAGAAAGCGAGAACUACGAAACGAAGGACCACGGUUACGAGUAGAAAUGAAAAGCAUUCAGUUUUUGAACCUUAAGUUUCCUUUUUUCUUCUUCUACUAACUACCUAAGGAGGUUAACUAAAUAGAUAUGUCCCACCCGUAUCUGUGCCCCGAUGCAAGUCUCAGCAAAGUGGCUCUUCAGCAGGCGGUAAAGCGUAAUAUUCGGCGGUGGAUGUGCGUGUUUUACUUGUCUACCUCCUGACUCAUGGGAUGUCCCCUGACCCACAGAAAAGAAGGACAGAAGAGGAAUCCAGAUGACGGUUCCCUUCUUCUGCUUUCUCUUCCGGGGGUUUAUUGGGGGCGGAGUG